GGCCAUGGAUUCCUUGGCAUGAGAUAGCACUCAUCAGCUCUCUCUCUCUCUCUCUCUCUCUCUCUCAAAGUCAAGAUGUCAGUCUCUGGCUCUGCCCUUUUCCACCAUCGCUUUCUAUAUUCACAAAUCCACAUACCCUCUUGCAGCUGCAACCCACACUAAGAACUCCGAAAUUCGAAUUCUAGACAGUGGAGAGUGGACACAGCUAUGCAUACAUUGAUACCCAUAUAUACGAACAGAUAGAGAGCUGUGCUGAUGGAUUUAAAGUUCUGGGUUUUGCUUCCGCCAUGGUGAAGCGAGAUUCGAACUGUUGCUAUUGAUCUAAAUUCUGGGUGUUUGGGAGUACGGAGAUUCGGGACGACAAGAACGAUAAUGAUGUCUUCGGGAAUAAAUUUGGUGAUGACGGUGAUUGGGUUUGCGGUGAGCACGAUGUUCAUCGUUUUCGUUUGCACGCGUCUCAUUUGUGCUCGGAUUCAGUUGAAUGCUUCCAGACGCUCCUUCCCAGUUUCUUCUAGAUCUGAUCUUAGUAUUCGGGAGCGGGGUGUAAAUGGUCUUGAGCCUGUUGUGAUAGCAAACUUUCCAACAAAGAAGUACAGUGAUGCAUGCUUUUCCUCUUCAGAAGAUGUGCAUUAUUUCAGAGCAAGACAGCAGAUGCCCGGAGCAAAUGUGACGGGUUGGGACUUGGGAGUCUUGUGGGUUCCAAAGGAUAUGGCCUUGGGAAGUCGGUCCUAUGCAAAAUUAUGUCUUUUAACAAGUCUCCUCCACUCCCACAGAAAUAGCAGGAUAAGAGGGGGUUCACAAGUGGGCUAUAUCCUUUACAACAUUAAGUUGCUUUCUCCUUAUUCUGAUUUCAGAGCGGUUGAAAGUACCCUAUCCGAUGUGUUCUUCCUGAAGUUUACCCUGGAAAUAGUUGAAACACAGUUAAUUGUAUUCUGCUUUGCUGCCCCUUCUCAAAGAAAUUUCUGAGUCUCUUCUACCAGCUGCAAUCUUGUGGUGCACGGUUUGCCUCGCAGAGUAUCACAAGGAAGACACGUUGCGCAUCCUGCCGCAGUGCGGGCACUUCUUCCACGUCGCCUGCAUCGACAAAUGGCUGCAGCAGCACCCGACCUGCCCGGUUUGCAGGAUCUCAUUGCGUGUAUUCUCCGAGAAAAAGCACGCACAACCACCGAUGUUCUGUGCAGCCAUACGAUCUGACCACGGUGCGGAGCGCGUCGACGCGAAUUUUUGUCGGUGCUCGUCGGCCGGGCCGGCCCUUCCGGCAAGGUUGCACAACUGCCAUGGGAUGGAGCCUGUCCGAGAGAACCAGUCAGCAAGUGAGAGGGAUGGAGUAGGAGUGGGAGAGAGAGUGUCCAUCUUAGUGGAGGAUAGUGAGACUACUGCAAAGGGGGCUGCUGGUGAGAAGCGAGUGGAGAGCCCAUCAAAUACAUGAAGGAGAAAUGGAAAUGGUGGUUGGAAUCCAUAUCCAUUCCAUUCCCUUCCAAGCUGCAGAUGCAUGCAGCCCCCUGUGGACCAGCAAUCAAUCUGUGGACCAGGUUGUGUUUUGUCUGGAUUGGGGAAGAUUGAUUGAUUGUUUUUGCUGGUGGGUUGCUCUUGCUGUACAUAACUAAAGCUUGGUUGCCAUUUUAUUUUCUUCCCAUCUUCUGCCCCCUUGUUACAGAGAUCUGGGUUUUGAGCAGUUUCCAAACUUCACUUUUAAUC